CUUCCUCGAGCCGUCCCUGUCUUCUUGUUUGGCUAAAGAUGGCGUUAGCGGCUAACACAGGCGAUUGCAUUUUGUGUCACACAAAUUAUUCGAUCAAUGGUGGCACAGCAUCGAGCGGUCAUAGCUUUGCCUCGUCACUUAACAUGUGAAAAUAUGUUACAUUUGGCGAACACACGUCAGGUAGCUAGAAAAACGGUUGGCUGGCCUUCAGCACGACGUAGGCCUGUUUUGCGGGGAGCCGAGCGAAGCAACUGGAACUCCAUUUCCUAUCAGCCACUGCGGCAUCAGGCGGUACAGACUUCUUUUGUAUGGUGGGACUUGUAGUUUUGUGACCAUGUGAAACUUGACAAUAAUGUAUGAACGGACACUGUCAGACUGCAUUUGACCUGUUUUGUUGUUCAUAUAGCUAAUUAUUUGCUGGAUACAUCCAAGCAAUGCUACACGUUUGGGAUAACGUUUUCAUAAGUUAAAGCAAAUAUAUCAAAGAGAUAAGACUAGUGCCUGGCAAGGCAACCAUGGCUGCUUCUACCAUGCAAGUUGGCUGGAAGAAAUCUCGACCAUCUUCCAGGGAGGGCUCCCCAUCGUCACCAGAAUUAUCUUUGACAUGGUGUCUGGCCCACCUCUCCAAAGCCGCCCCUGGCGCCGAACACCCGGGUCAUGGAAAAGCAGAGUCGGGAGGUGUCAGAGAACUGGACAAGCGGUUCAGGUUCUCUCAGUGGCGAGCUCUGGUCGGCAUCCGGAUGCACCACAUAAAGGGCGACAAGGCUGGUAUCACUAGAUUCCGAACUCGGGACGGACUCCGACCCUUGUUGGACCUGCUCAGCCACCCGGAAUGCUCCGGGAAAACUCUGGAUCUGGCUCUCAGCAUCCUGGCCAACUGCUGCACUGAAUUCGAAACACGUACAGAGGUUCGUAAGCUCGAUGGAAUAAAUAUAGUUGUGGACAUCAUGAAGAGGAACGUGGCACAGGAGACCAUCCAGAACCGAGCUGCAAGAGCUUUGGGAAAUAUGGCAAUGGACUCUGAGAGCUCGGCGCUUAUCCACUCGGCAGGUGGCGUUCCUCUUCUCCUCCUCUGUGUGUCCUUGUCCUCCGCCCCGUCUUCCCCCCCUGCAGCUUCACCCAAAGACUCUUGUCCUAAACUGCAGCGUGCUCAGUCGGCCGCACGCGCCCUCCUCUACCUCUCAGAUACGCCCCCAAACCGCCUGGCGCUGCUCACCCAAGGGACCUUAUCGGCCCUCGCCCCCCUCAUCGCUUCAGAAUACCCUCAUGGCUUGCGGCGGGCAGCCCUCAAGACCCUCCACGAGCUCACCCGGGGAUGCAGCCUAAAAUGCGCCAGGGAGGUGUCUCGCUCAGGGGUCCUGACCCAGCUGGGCGCCAUGGCGUCCGAAGAGGCCGGGAAGCCUUUUGGGCAGCUAGCUCUGAAAACGCUAGCCAACGUGUGCUUUCAAGGAUGCUUGCGCCCGCUUGUGGGUUCCCUCGGCGUCAUCCCAAGGUUCAUGGAGGAGGUGAAGAAGGACCAGCUCAAGUCGGGAGUUUUCCUCAAGGCACUGUGCUUGUGUUGCAAGGAGGCGGUCAACCGGGUCAAGGUGAGCGAGAACGGCGGCUUGGAGGUGUUGAUCAGCUUUUUAGCCGCUCACCCGAGUCACCCGCUCUCGCGGAUCGUCAUUCUGGCCUUGGUGGACUUUGUUUUUGACGAGGACUCCCUGGAGCAGUUGCAGGAGUUGGGGCUGGUCCCCCUGCUAGUCGCCCGCCUCGUGGCACUCACCAGAGGGGAAGAGCCGUCACCUAAGAAGAUGGAUGUUGGCGCCACCUCCAGCUCGUCUCUCGCCGACUUCAUCUCGACGUCAUGCUUCGAGUCCUACGACUUCCCUAAUCUUGGGGAAGGAGAAUCCAGGAAGGAGGACGGCGGCAGGGAUCAAGGUUCAUCAAGCUUUUUAAGUCUCAGGUCCUGGCUGCUGUCCGAGGGAAUGAUCUCCUCUGAAGAGGACCUGCUGGACUCCUCAAGCAGCGCAGACGGGCAGUGGACGUCCUCUUUUCCUCAAGCCUCCCCAAAUCCUUUCAGCCUCUCCUCUUUCAACGCCGUUACUUCCUCUACCUCGAAAAAAGACACUCAGCUCACCUCAUCAUCGCCUUGGAAAGUCACUGAUUCUCCUCCCUCGAGUCCAGAACCACCACCACCACAAAACAGCCCCCCCACCACCACGACACAGAACCAGCCGGUCUCUCCUUGUGAGUUCUUGGACCCCUUGAGAAGGCGGCAGCAAUUGGUGCUUUCUUCGACCGCAAAGGUCACGCUUGACACUCCUCCGUCUGCCCUCCGCUCCCCGGUUUGCUGCCACCCGUAUCACCCCGAGCCCUGGACGCCCGAGUCGCCCAUCCUGCUGCUUCUCUCGCGCUUCUCGUACGUCGCCGACCCCACCCCCGCCCUGGUCUCCUUGGACACCGUGUCCGGCCUGCUCCACUACCUCACGCACCACAAGCACCCCCGGAGCUGCUGCUUCCGACUGCUGUGCCGCGUCAGUUGCAACCCCUACUGCUUUGAGACGUUGAUCCGCACCGGCUUGGUGCCGCUCAUUCACCACCGUCUUUGCCAGAGGGAGGGCGGGGCCGGAGGGCAGACGGAGCGAGUGAAAGCCAAAGUGAAACAACUCGGCGUGACUCUCCUCAAUAAUCUGCAAGUCCAGUCCGAGUCGAGUUUCGGUUCGGGUACGCUGUCUCACGUGAUGCGGACGGGCUCCGAUUCGCACAAAGUCAAAUGUGCGCUCGCUCUACCCUUAAUCAGCAGCAACAAGUCUCUGUUGAGGAAACUCCUCCUGGACACCGGCGGCCUCCUGUUGGCCCUGCAGCCUCUCGGUUGCCACGACAUCGAUGACGCUGACGAAGGCCACACCUGCGAAUGCGGGCGGCUGCUUUCGUGCUACGCCGGCGUGCCGUAUUCGGACCCGACCUCCACCCUCCACUCGUUGUAUUAUUAUUUCCUGGUCGGGUGCUUGUCUCCUCUGGUGACCAUCAUCAAAUCCGACCCUGACGCCAUGAAAAGCCAAGAAACGCACGACGCUGAUGCAGCAGCGCCCCCUCCCUCCAAAAAGCGUCGCCGCGCCGACACAUGCCCGUAUAGCACCUCGACCUUUGACCUCCUCCUGCUGCUGGACGACGGGACAGAAAUCCCGGCCAACAGGCAGGCCGUGGCCGGCCGGAGGGACUCGGACGAGGUCGGCUCGGAGUACUUCAGGGCUCUGCUGACGGGCGGAUUCGGGGAAGCUCACGCCAACGCCGGAGAAGCCAUCCGCAUCAAAGACGUGAGCAGAGGAAUGUUGCUACCUGUGCUGCAUUACCUGCAUGGAUGUCGCCUGGCAAAGAACGAGGAAAGGCGAUGCCAGUUUUUAGACACAUUGGUCCUGGAAGGCCUCACUUCCUGUCAAACAGACACUGAGAAGCUGAACUUCCAGAAGAAUCCAUUAGGCGAGUCCAUGGUAGGAGCUUGUCGAUUCCUGGCCAUGGAGAUGCAGAAAGAGUUGGAGGACCUCUGUGUGUCUCGUCUCCUGUCCCCCUCCCCCAACCAGACUGUAUCAGCCCCAUGUGAGUGGUCCUCUGAUGGGGCAGCCGGACUGGACCAAGACCACCUGAAGACUACUGAGGAGCACCUGGCUAACAGGACAUCUGAGCUGGUCUUGACUUGCGUGGAAGUGGAAAUCGAGAACCUAUCAGAAGAGAUGUGCGCGCUAACAAAAGGUUCCAGUCACCAAAAAGGAAGUAAGAAACCCAGAGGACUGAAACCGAACACAACUCCUAAAACCAGGCCAAGUUCAAAAUCAGUAUGCGUGCCAGGAGAUUCGGGAAUAAACGAGUUAAAAAGUUCAGCACAGCACCUCAAAUCACAAGCCGAUUCCCCCCCCACCUCGGAGCACAGAGGAGGAACAGGCGGAGGUGCCCGCCUCGCUCUCCUUCCUCAGGUGUACCGCUUCGCUCUGCACUACAACUACGCGGCGAUGCGUCGGGCCUCUCUCACGCUGCUGCUGGGCUCCCCGGACGGGGGGCGGCGGCUGUACCACUCCCCCCGCAAGACCGCAGAAUGCCUGCAACGAUUAGCGUGUCAGGCCGACUGCACGGACACGCUCAGACAGGAUCUACUCAGUCUGGCUGCAGAUGCUUUGACGUGAGACCACCCAGAGUCACAUGACUGAAAGUCGCCAUGUAAUACCUGUAUGCAUGUUGCUUUAUUUUUUUUAGAGCCUAAUGAUAUACUUCCGUUGACUCAUUUUGUUUUUUUUCAUGUUUUUUUUUUUUAAUGAGAGAUAUGAAUUGUCUAUCGCUUUGAUUUAAAGUCAUAUUGCUGGAAGUACCAGGAUUAUCAGGGUCGCUUGUUUAUUAUUUUGUAUAUAGAUAUCAGGUGGAACGGCAGCUGUAGAUUCCACCUGCCCAGUAUCAUUUGAUGCCACUGAAAUAUAAAAGACUUUAUCACACUCAAACUAAUGUUUUUUUAUUUUAUUUCAUGCAUGACUUUUAGCUUCACAAAAUGGGAAUUCAGUCAGAUAACACCUUGGAGGUGGAGACCCUUUUUUUCCUCCACUGGUUCUUGCCAUUGACUGACCUGGCAUCUG